AUGCGCGAUGUCACAGGACCCUCUGGCGCGCUUCCCCAACCCGCGGUGAGAGGAGCCAGCGACAUUCGCCACGGGACCUACAUACGGUGGCACCACGCCGCGUGCUCGAACUAUGUUGGGGUGCCAGGCAAGUACCAGGCUCGUCAUUUUGCCCGAGUUGGCCGGUUCAGGUGUCGUUCAACGAAGGGUAUAAGAAGGAAAGAAGAGGUCGUCCAGCUCGACUGGACCAAGUUAAAGGUGACCAAGGCAUGUAAGGCAACCAAGAUGUGGAAGAAAAACCGAGGUACGGAAAGGCAUCCCAAGGUAUAG